UUAGUAUACCUGUUAUUUUUUUCUAUUUAUUGAAUCGUCGUACGGUAGAUAAUAAUGUUCUGUUCAAUCGAUGAUGUUCGCGUUUAUCCUUACGGUGAUAUGCACGACUGAGAGGCGCCGUAAUUUAUAGGGUACAGUAAGGUGACACAAGGUAUCGCGAAUAAAUGGUGCUCACCGGUGCCAUGGAGAGGCGAAUAAAGCUGAAAACAUUGAAUAGUCACAUUACGUGCAAGAUAUGUCGCGGCUACCUUAUAGAUGCUACUACUGUCACCGAGUGCCUCCAUACGUUCUGUAAAAGUUGCCUAGUCAAACACUUAGAAGAAAAACACACCUGUCCAACAUGCCAAAUAGUUAUUCACCAAUCACAUCCUUUACAGUAUAUCAGUUUUGAUAGAACUAUGCAGGAUAUUGUUUAUAAACUAGUUCCCGAUCUGCAAGAAAAUGAAAUCAAGAGGGAGCGAGAGUUUUAUAGAGCCAGAGGUUUGCCCUGCCCAAAAGAUGUUUUACCAAAUGCUGGAGAGUUGGAAGAAGAGAAACAGUCGGCCGAUGCUCAUGCCGAGUCUGAUUACCAUCGAGCUGAUGAGCAGGUCAAUGUCUGUUUGGAAUGUAUAAAUGCCAGCUUAAAAACAUUGAAACGAAGAUUUAUCAGGUGCUCAGCACAAGCGACCAUCACCCAUUUGAAAAAAUUCAUUGCCAAGAAAGUUCUUAAUGGAAUGGAACAAUAUCGUGAUAUCGAUAUCCUGUGCAAUGACGAACUUCUGGGCAAAGAUCACACGUUAAAAUUUGUCUAUGUAACAAGAUGGAGGUUUCGAGAUCCACCUUUAAGGCUACAAUACAGGCCUCGCAUAGAUAUCUAAACUAUCUUUUGGUGUGUAGAAAAAACUGAAUUUAAGCAGCUUUGAUUGGAGCCCCAUUCCGAUCUAUCAACCAACUUGCGUGCUUAAUAUACAGCUUUUAUUUAUGGAUACAAUGUAUGAAUUAUAUUUUAGGUGCAUUUUCCGUGCUAACAGAAUGAGUAAAAAAAAAAAAUAGGUAUACUUUAUUUUCACGGGCGAGAAACAAAUAUAUUUUAGCCAGUUCAAAAGCAAAAAAUGCAUUGAAAAAAAAAACUAUCAAAAUAGCAACUAAGCGCAAUACCUUAUAUCAAAUAUCAAUUCUAUUUGAAAGAAAUUCACGCACGUGUGUAUUUUUAUAUUUUAGUGUAAAAUCAUCGAUCAUUUAUCAUUCGCACGUUCUAAUCGUCAUUCGAAAUUUUGUACGUCAAUUCAGCAAUCGACUCUUCAUCAUAAUCUAAAAUAUCUACCCAUUUUGAAAGGUUUUUUAUUCUUCUUUUUUGAAAAAACAAAUAAAUAACAGAUUACUAUCUAGACGCAUUCAGCUGCGGUAGGCCGUUUAUAUAUAUUUACUUUUUUUAAAUAAUCAUAUUGGACGCUUGUUACCGACCAAAAGGUUGAAUAUUUGGCCAAGAACGAGUCAGAGUCAAUGUGAAUGUAUAUUUUCAAUAUAGGGUUGAAUCGCAAUCUACUAAAAGUUUGAAAACGAUAUACUGUACAGUCGUUAAUGAUAUCAGCGUAUUAAUCGUAAUUAUUAUCGUUUAUGUUUAAACUUUAUUAGAUAUUGAUUCUUAUUUGUCUUAGCCAGUACUAAUUCCAGACCAAACAAGAUUCAGAAAAUAUUAUCGUCGUCUUAAUUGUACUAUAAUAUGUUUAGAUUUUAGGUGGUAGCCCAUAAAAGAGUUUUUAAAUAUUCUAGGAAUAAAUAAUAUGAGUUACGUUCAUUGAUUCCAAAUAUGUUUUUAAAGAUGGAGAUUUAGUUUGAAAACUAGUAAAAUUUUUUGAAAAAAUAACAUGUACAUGUGGCUGGUACGGAAAGCAUUGUAGUUUCAGAAAUUAAAAUACAAGUAUUUUUAACUGGGAACCAGAUAUAUCAGAUACGUAUACGUGAUAUAAUAAUGCCGAUCUGAAUUUAUAUUUUUCGAAGCAUUGAAUUUGCCGCAUGCUAUUGUACACGUGCUACGUACACACCUGCAUACCUUGGUGUGAAUCGCAUUGAUAAAUUUCCUUAUAAACUGCAUAUAGAAUGAUGCACCUCCAAUUGCGUCAUCUGUCACAAAUUUUUAUGUGACAAAUUAUGAAAACCGAUCCCAUUUUACGGUAAUGUGAGAUCAGUGUAUAAUAUAUAACUUCCCGUUUAAGAUAUAUCUUCUACCUGAUUGUACAUAGAAUAUUUUUGACAGAACUCUGGAACUAUCUACUGCUUUAAAUAGACUAAUUGUUAAAAUAAGUGGACUAGUAUAAAAAAAAAAAUCUCGGACGUCGUAACUUUUUACCUUUGUAUGUUCAUGCGCCAUGUAAUGUGGUUUAUUUCUUUAUUUCACUCAAUACAAAAGUAAAAUGAAAUGUUUCAAAAUCAGUCGGAGACCGAAAAAAAAUUUGCUAAAUCUCACUGUACGAAAUUCGAUCGACCAUUUGAGAGGAGUGAAAGUAGCUGAACCGUACCUAAGAAUUUGAAUAGUUUGAGUGAAAUAUAGAAUAAUAGAUUGCCGCUUGUAGUAGGUGAACUCAAUUAGUUCUAGAUAACGAUUAAAAACAGAGUGUGAUUGUACAUAUUGUUAGGUAAACCAAGCAACUUUGCUAAGUAGUAGUAUAUUCGAUUAUACUAAUGCUUAAAAAUAUGUUGUACACACGUGUAUGUAUCACCAUAAAUUAUUAAAUAAAUAUGUUUUGUACAGUAAA